AUAAGUGUAAAGGAAUUGCGUAAAUAAAAAAAAACCGCGCGUGACAUUUUGAGUUAAUGUUUUUGUUUUUUUGUGAGUGACUUAAAUAGAAGUGACGGAUUUAUAUUGUAAGUUUGUAUUAUUUUUAUUUAAAAAAUGGUCAGGCGGCAUCUGAGGGUUACUAUACACAGAAAAGAUGAAUGUUUUCAAACUAAAGGACUGGAACAAAUGGAGUGAUGUAAUGUGAAGUGUUGAGCAGACAGGGGGUCGUUUUUUAGUGUUUUAUCCUGUAAUAAUCCGGGUAUUUCAGGUUGCUGGGCUUCAGUUGUGUUUGUCAUGAUGGUACAUUGUUUGUGCGGGAAUCAGUGACAGUUGGACUUCAGUUUGAGGAGGUUGGUGUAUCAUAAUGGUGGUGGAGGUGGAGAGUUUUUAUGGCGUCUACAUGCUGUACUGCACCAACCCCAAAUUUAAAGGGCGUAUUUACAUCGGCUUUACCGUGAACCCCGAGCGGAGGAUCGGGCAACACAACGCCGGAAGACACAAAGGAGGAGCCAAGAAAACCAGCGGAAGAGGACCGUGGGAGAUGGUACUUAUCAUCCAUGGCUUUCCAUCUGAUAUUGCUGCUCUAAGGUUUGAGUGGGCGUGGCAGCACCCGCACAUCUCUCGCCGGCUCUCCCACGUGACCCGGCGAACACGGAAAGAGUCCAGCCUGCAGUUUCACUGGCGCGUGCUCUCCAACAUGCUGCGGGUGGCGCCGUGGAAUCGUCUACCCCUCACUGUGCGUUGGCUGAGGCAAGAAUACCACCUGGAGUUUGAGCCACAGCUGCAGCCGCCUCUGCACAUCCCUUUGACAUUCGGCUGUGUGCGGGCUAAGAAGAAACAACAGCAGGAUGAUAAGGAGCAAGUGGAGAGCCGGCUGGACCGGUGUCUACUGUGUAGAGCGAUUGUAGAGACUUCAGAUCGACUGUCCUGCUUCCAUCCUUCCUGUAAGAUGGCCUGUCAUCUGACUUGUUUGGCGCAACACUUCUUAAAGUCAGACCCAAGUCACCUACUUCCUGUAGAGGGCAAGUGUCCCGGCUGCCAUCACUCAGUGCUGUGGGGGAAUUUAAUUCGACACAAAAAUGGCUGCUACGGAGACUUGGAAGAGAUUACUACAAAUUCUUCUCAGAGUCAUUGGGCUGAUGAGUUGCAGAUAUGAAUAAAAUUGAUGGUGACAUCAACUUUUAUUAUCGAUGGACAAAACAAACGUUUUGACGUCAGAUCUGCCUGAAAUGAAAGGACAUUUGAUCAUGACUUUACCAGAAUUUGUGUGUUUGUCAAUGCUAAAUGUAGCUAUUAUUAAGUGUGUAUAUAUUCCUUUUUAAUGAAUAUGAAGACAUGGAUUUUAUCUCUAGUGUUUUUAGCACAAAAUAAUGACCCCGAUGUGAACAAAUUUCUUUGUAUUGUUUUCAGGUGUACAUAUGCUUUUUGUACUAUUAAAAUGAUUUAUUAAGUAAUAAAACAACGUAUUUAUAUUCA